UGUUGGUUAACGCACGGUUUUUGGGUGGCCAAUUAACGAAUUGUAUCCUAUUUUUGUUGAAAUUAUCACUGAAAAUUAUUGAAGAUCCAGCAAAAACCGAAAGCUGCCAAUAGCUGGUAACCGGGGCUCAACGAGGAGGCUAUAAUCGACAUGGCCACGCUUCCGCCGCGCAAGAGUCAGACGCCUACGAGGAUCUGCAUCUCCAAACAGCACCUGACGCCGCUCCAAACAUUGCUCCAAAUGGGCUUUCCCAGGCACAGGGCUGAGAAAGCCCUCGCUUCUACGGGCAAUCGAGGAGUCCAGAUUGCCUCGGAUUGGCUGCUGGCCCAUGUCAACGAUGCCACCUUGGACGAAUGUGCCCCCAGGGAGUACAUCAUAUAUGCCUGUCCCACGGGACCGUUUCUGCAGCAGCUGGAGGAGUUCUGGGCCAAGUCGCGUCAAAUGUGCGGCUGGAAUGGAGCCCACAAUUAUGUGCCCCACAUAACACUGGUCUCAUUUUUUAAGGCCCCAGAUGAGUGCUCGCUGCAGCUGUCCAAGGCUCUCAAACAGGUGGUGGACAUGACGGGCGCUUUAUUGAAUCGGCCCCUUAAGCUGGAGCCCUACAUGAGCCAGAACUUCAUGGGCUUCUUUGUGGCCGAGGAGGAUGCCAACUUCUUGAAACGAUUGGCCCUGCAGUACGUCAAGGAGGUGUCCAACUCAAUCAUUAGCGAUACCUAUGAGCAGCUGGAUGCCAUUGUGGCCUGCUUUCCCUGGUGCGGAGCUGUCUCCUCGGGCACCCGCUGCAUACCGCGCAGCAGUCGAUCCAUUUCACUCGAGCCACACGUAAAGAGCCUGCACCUGACGCUAGCCUACCAGUUCCCGCAGGCACAGUUCAAUGCACUGAAAGCACUCGUGGAGACCUUAGACGCCGGCUGCGCCUCCAAUUGGGAACUGCGCCUCUAUUCCCGCGAUCCGCGGCUCGCCACCAAACAAGUCCAGAAAGUCGUAUAUCCACACAACCCGCACGAGACGGAUGAACUGGAGCUCCGCAUCGGCGACUAUAUCUACUUGAACACCGAGGUAGUGGACAGUUCUAGCGACGGUUGGGCCGAGGGCAUAUCCUGGUUGACUGGAAGCACGGGUCACCUGCCCGUCAACUACACCGAACGCACUGCCGAAUCUGACGCCUGGACCCUGCAUCGAGUGGUGCAGCUGUCCAAGAGCGUCGCUUCUUCCCUGACUUCCGCCGAGGAUCUGGACAUUGUGGACGGACGCAGCAUAUCGACGGAACCCGAGGAACGUCAGCACACAGCCCAUCCCGAGAUCAUUGAGGGCUCAUCUUUCGAGGAAUCCGAGCAGAGCGUGGAAAAGUACUUGCGACAGACGCUGAAACCCUGUCUGGAACUCCCCUCCGUGCAGCUGCUCAACAACCACAACUUGACCCAUCAACACAACCCAAACACGCCCACGAUCGAGAUAACGACCAACAUGUCUUCCUGCUCCACUUCCAUGUCCAAGCAGCCGGUGGACGAGAUCUUGGUGGAACCGCCAGCAGCUCAGCCACCGCGUCCGGACGACACACUAAGCGUCCAUUCGGACCACUCGCUUCACCCUGGCUCACUGGAUGCGUCGCAUGCCAAGAACCGAAAGAUCUACAUCAUGCGCCAUGGCGAGCGGGUGGAUUUCACUUUCGGCACAUGGAUUCCCUACUGCUUCGAUGAGUUUGGGAACUACAUGAGGAAGGAUCUGAACAUGCCCAAGACGCUGCCUCGUCGGAAGAACAGUCCCGAGGGCUGGCAGAAUGACUCGCCGCUGACCAAUGUGGGUGUCUAUCAGGCCAAUCUGAUUGGACAGGCUUUGUUUGAGGCCCAGGUGCAGAUCGACCAUGUCUACUGCUCGCCCUCGUAUCGCUGCAUCCAGACUUGCACCAGUGCUCUGGAGGGGCUGCAGCUUAAGGGCAAGCACAAGAUCAAGCUGGAGCCGGGUUUGUUCGAGUGGAUGGCCUGGUAUCCCAGUGGGGUUCCCGACUGGCUGAAUAAGAACGAGCUGAUUGAGGCCAAGUACGACGUUGAUCUGGACUAUGAACCGGUCCAGCCGGGCUCUGACCUAACUGCUCGCCUCAAGGAGUCCACCGAGCAGUUUUACGAGCGUAACCACGACGUUAUCCUGCAGCUGCUGGAGCAGACAACUGGAAAUAUUUUGGUUGUGGCCCAUGCCACCACGCUGGACACCUGCUCACGGCAGCUGACCGGUGGAGUGCCACGCAGCACGAACGAGUUGCGCCAGGUUAUCCACAAAAUCCCAUACUGCAGCCUGGCCACGGUGGAGCAGGUGGACGGCGUCUGGAAACUGGUGGAGCCCGAAUGCCUGCCGGUGACGCACUCGAAGAACCCGCGAUUCGAGUGGAAUGCCUUGUCGGCCACCUAGUGUCAGUGCUUAGAGCAGUUUCUGUGCAAGCAUUGAGACUGAGACUCGAUUGGGAUGGAAUGGACCAGGAGGUGAAUCACACGCUGACGGAACUAUACGUAAAUUGUUUAAUUAGCUAUCUGAAAUCUGAAAUCCAUAUGAUUUUCUGAACGGAAAUUGGCGCUACAUUAAGUUAAUUGUACUGCCAUAUAAAUUGAAAGUUAUUUAGACGUAAAUUUGAGCAGCAAAGCGACAGGAUGCGAUUUUGUUGCGCUAUACAAACAAAUCAAUCUAUUACAUUUGCCCUGCUUACUGAGAAGCGAGCUCAAUGGACUCAUACUUUAUUGCAAUCAAUGCGAUCUAUUGACUAUAUAUUGAAUAUAUACAUUUAUACCACACGCCAGUAAUUAUACUAUUUGAGCGCUUGCUCGCCGCUUUAGCCAUAGACUAACUUGCUCUGUUACUAGCUUAGUUGUUACACCACUUGAUUAGCCUUGCUGCGUAGCGCAGCUUUUUUGUAGCAAUAUAUCCAAGAGGCAGAUUUGUCUCAGCAACCUGUUGAGAUUACUCCAUACGUAAAGCCCAAACAUAUAUCGAUAUUAUCGACUAGAUUUAGAAGUACAAACCCAUGUAACAACGCACAACAUAAUGGAACAAUAAACAAUAUACAUUGAAUACGUGUAAUGCCAAAACAUUGAGAUGUAAACUCCAUUUCGCUUCCAUGAACCCCACGAUCCCCCUCGAGAGGAAAGUCGGAUGAUAUUUUUUGCAUUGUCUUGUGCGACUCGGAUGGGGUCGACCUUUAUUUAAUGCGCAUAGAAUUAGAAUUAGUAAUGUAAUUGGUUUAGUUGUUAAAUCUAUUAAUAUAAUUGCUGAACAUUUUACUUGAAUUA